UAAGCGGCGGAAGUUCGCCGCGUUACGCAAGUGCAGUCGCGUCCUCUGGCUCCGGGCCCAGACAGCUCCGCUCCAGAGAUUGGUAACGCCCAGAGACUGAGCCCGAGGCCACGCCCCCUCGCGACCAACGAGCCAAUGGAGGAGUGCUAUGAGGUUGCUAAGGGAAACUCUAGAGGCAAGAUGGCGUCCGCCCGUGAUGGGUGCGCGAGCUCCCGCCUGGCGCGCCGAGACCCGCCGGUUCGGCCACUGCGGGACGGUUACGGAGUCUUCGUUUACCCGAAUUCUUUCUUUUGAUAUGAAGGAGAAUGGAGAGGAAGCAGGAAACAUGGUCAGGGCAAACUUCUGCAAGACGGGAGUUACUACGAAGGCGAGUUUGUAGACGGAGAGAUCACGGGAGAGGGCUGCCGGCACUGGGCCCUGACAGGGAACACCUACACCGGACAGUUUGUUUUGGGAGAACCCCAAGGACAUGGCGUCAUGAAGUACAAAGCCGGCGGACGUUACGAAGGGGAGCUCUCCUGCAGCCUGAGAGAAGGACAGGGGCACCUGGUGGACGCAGAUGGACAAGUGUACUGGGGGUCAUUUCACGACAGCAAGCGACACGGCCAAGGGCGGAUGGUCUUCCGGAACGGAGAUGAGUACGAGGGCGACUGGGUCCGGGACCAGCGCCAGGGCCAUGGGACACUGCGCCAUGCGGACGGCUCCAUCUAUCGGGGACAGUGGCACGGUGACGUGUUCAGUGGACAGGGCAGCAUGGCCCACUGCUCCGGGGGCGUCUACCGAGGGGUGUGGAUCAAUGGCCACCCCGUGACACAAGCCACAGGGAUCGUGAUUUUGGGUCCGGAGGUGAUGGAAGUGGCCCAGGGAUCUUCCUUCACAUUGACCAUUCCGCUGCAGCGGGGCGGUGGGGAAGUUGCCACGAGUGAGGACGGCCAGGUGGUGGAGAUCUCCGCGGGCAUCCGAUACACGCAGCUCCCAGCCUACUUGGAGGUCAGCUUUUUCAAAGUGGACGAUGGUCACAGAGAGACACCCAUCCAGACCCCGUUGUGAGUAAGGGUGACCCUGCGUGACACCCAUGAGGGUGGGGAGGGGUCCCUCCUGGAUUCUGCUCCCCCGAGCCCCUCCCGCACCCCUCCUGCUCCUGCCAGGACACUGCGGGCACUGGGGUCACGACACACUCUGGCGGAGGGGGAACCAAGGCGCCUUCUGACUGUGGGGUCCGGGCAGGGAGGGGGCUCCAGGCAGAGGGCAGGGAGGCAGGGAGGCCAGGGCUGCAGCGAGACACCCUGCCUGCCCCCCUUCCUUCCCACCACCCUGGUCUCCGAGCGGCCACCUGAGCCCUUCCUCCUACCUGGACCGGCCCCUGGAUCCCCGUGUCCCCGCAGCCAGGUGUCACCCAGCUCCAUGUCGAGCAGAGCCCAGCCCUGUCCUUCCCUCCGCAGUGCAUCUCCUACCCUCUGUCCGGCCCCAAGUCCAGAGACCUGGAGCCCAGAGCUGCCCUGGGAAGUGCGGGUGCCAGCUCCCCACUCCCCGAGGGAGACCCCUGCGACCUGCCCGGUGCGUGGGGUUAACCAAGGGUCAGCAGUGGGCAGUGCAAGCUCAGGGGUGCAUGGGGUGACAGCGGUGCCCCCGAGCCUGGGCAGGAGGAAGUGUAGUCGAUCCCUGAGAACAGGGGACCUGGGAGACACGGGGCAUCCCAGGAAGACAUCCCAGACAGCUCCAAGGGGCGGUCACCGUGGCGAUGGGUUAAAAGGCAGGCUGGGGGCUGCCAACCUGGCGUCCGGGCUGCUGGACGUGCUUGCCGUGCAGACCCAGGGCCCCCGGUGGGGAGGGGCGGGGUGGGCUGGGAUGAGUGGUCUGGGCCACUGCACCGCUGUCCUGGGCUGUCCACGUGCACAGCCCUCGUUGCCGUGAACGCAGAGUGAAGUCGGUUUGUUCGUCCCCUGUGAGCCUGGCAGCGGGUGAGGCCCCCGGGCCGCUGGUCUCAGGGCUGUUUCUGUUCAGGGCUAUCCCUGGAGGGUGGCAACCCACCGAGGCCGCUGCCAGCAGGAGGCCUAUGUCGGCCCGGACAGGACACCGCGUAGGAGCCCUCCCCCGGGCCCCCCAGGUCACCCCCGGCUCUGUGGGGACCUUGCGGGCCCGAUGGUCACGCGUGUUCGCCUGGUUUUCCGACCGACUCCACCCUGCCUGGAGCACAGGGCCGACAGCACCUCCGUGUGCGCUUGGCUCCAGGUCCUUCAUGGAGAUGUGGCUCCGGUGUGAGGCAGAGCCCGCACACCCCAGGCCCGGGCAGGGGAGACCUGUCUCCGUGGAGUGUGGGCCUAGCUGCGCCACGGGUCUUUUCUGGAAUUACUCCCGGAA